AACGGGCCCUGCCCCCAGCCCAGUCAGCCCCGUUGCUAUGGGGACUGGUGGGCGGCGAGGGGGGAAAGCCCCGGAUGUUCGUUGGGGAUUCAACAUGGCGGCGGCAGUGGCCGCGGUGGCGGCAGCGCAAGAGGACUGAGGGCGGCGUGAGGGUGCAGAGUUCCGGGCCAAACAGCUAGGCCGCGAGCGACUGCGGCGCCGAGCCGAUGAAUAACCCGAAGCCCCAAGAAGAGACGUCACCUGACCAAGGGUACUUCUAGCACAGCCAGCAUCAAACCAGGCCUGCCAUAGGAGCCCACGUCUGCGCCCUCCUGGUGCUGAGAGCCUCGGCGCCAUGUUUGGGAAGAAGAAGAAGCGGGUAGAGAUCUCGGCUCCGUCCAACUUCGAGCACCGCGUGCACACGGGCUUCGACCAGCAUGAGCAGAAGUUCACAGGGCUGCCCCGGCAGUGGCAGAGCCUGAUCGAGGAGUCGGCUCGCCGGCCCAAGCCCCUCGUCGACCCCGCCUGCAUCACCUCCAUCCAGCCAGGGGCCCCCAAGACCAUCGUGCGGGGCAGCAAAGGCGCCAAGGAUGGGGCCCUCACUCUGCUGCUGGACGAGUUUGAGAACAUGUCGGUGACACGCUCCAACUCCCUGCGGAGAGACAGCCCGCCACCACCUGCCCGUGCCCGCCAGGAGAAUGGGAUGCCCGAGGAGCAGGCCACCAUGGCCAGAGGGGGCCCAGAAAAGGCGGGCGGCCAAGGCCGGGUCGCCAGUCGCAGUGAGGGGGGUGGCAGCAGUGGUGACCGGCGGCGGGUGGGGCCCGAGAAGAGGCCCAAAUCUUCCAGGGAGGGCUCAGGGGGACCCCAGGAGUCCUCCCGGGACAAGCGCCCCCUCUCCGGGCCUGACGUCGGCACUCCCCAGCCUGCUGGUAUGGCCAGUGGGGCGAAAGUGGCAGCUGGCCGGCCCUUUAACACGUACCCGCGGGCCGAUACGGACCACCCAUCCCGGGGCGUCCAGGGAGAGCCUCACAACAUGGCCCCAAAUGGGCCGUCAGUGGGGGGCCUGGCUGUCCCCCAGUCCUCUUCCUCCCGGCCUCCCACCCGAGCCCGCGGCCCCCCCAGCCCCGGAGUGCUGGGCCCCCACGCCUCUGAGCCGCAGCUGGCCCCUCCAGCCCGCACCCUCGCUGCCCCUGCCGGCCCCCCUGCCCCUGGGCCUCCCGGCCCCCGCUCACCACAGCGAGAACCCCAGCGCGUGUCCCAUGAGCAGUUCCGGGCAGCCCUGCAGCUGGUGGUGGACCCUGGUGAUCCCCGCUCCUACCUGGACAACUUCAUCAAGAUUGGCGAGGGCUCCACAGGUGUCGUGUGCAUCGCCACCGUCCGGAGCUCUGGCCGGCUGGUGGCUGUCAAGAAGAUGGACCUGCGCAAGCAGCAGAGGCGAGAGCUGCUCUUCAACGAGGUGGUGAUCAUGCGGGACUACCAGCACGAGAACGUGGUGGAGAUGUACAACAGCUACCUGGUGGGGGAUGAGCUCUGGGUGGUGAUGGAGUUCCUGGAGGGAGGCGCCCUCACCGACAUCGUCACCCACACCAGGAUGGAUGAGGAGCAGAUUGCUACCGUGUGCCUGGCCGUGCUGCAGGCCCUGUCUGUGCUCCACGCCCAGGGUGUCAUCCACCGGGACAUCAAGAGUGACUCCAUCCUGCUGACCCAUGACGGCAGGGUGAAGCUGUCAGACUUCGGGUUCUGUGCCCAGGUGAGCAAGGAGGUGCCACGGAGGAAGUCACUGGUCGGCACGCCCUACUGGAUGGCCCCGGAGCUCAUCUCCCGCCUUCCCUACGGGCCAGAGGUGGACAUCUGGUCACUGGGGGUGAUGGUGAUUGAGAUGGUGGAUGGGGAGCCCCCCUACUUCAAUGAGCCACCCCUCAAAGCCAUGAAGAUGAUUCGGGACAACCUGCCGCCCCGACUGAAGAACCUGCACAAGGUAUCCCCGUCCCUGAAGGGCUUCCUGGACCGCCUGCUGGUGCGGGACCCUGCACAGCGGGCCACAGCGGCUGAGCUGCUGAAGCACCCGUUCCUGGCCAAAGCGGGCCCACCCGCCAGCAUCGUGCCCCUCAUGCGGCAGAAUCGCACCAGAUGAGGCCCAGCGCCCCGUCCCUGAACCAAAGAGCCCCUUGGGUCACUCCUGCUCUGCUGGAGGCCAGUAGGGGGCUGGCCCCUGCUCCUCCCAGUCUGGGAGACACUCCGUGUGGCACCACCCUUGCCAGGGGCGGUGUGUGGGACCCUACUACUGAACUCCGGUUUUGAUUUUGUGACUAAAAACACAGGGACUUAACGGGAGCAAGUGAGGUUCCCAGGACGACCCACCCUCCGGGACAGGCCUUCCCUGUGUUGCCCUGUCUCCAAGAAGGACAGGUGGUCCUUCCAUCACUGGAAAUCUGCAGUGGGGGCCACUGGGGGUGGAGAGAACACUACGAAAGAGGGGUGUGUGUGAGUGAGUGAGUGUGAGUGUGUGUGUGUGUGUGUGUGUGUACGUGCACAUGUUGGAAGAUCCAGCUCCUGUCCUCCAGCCUGGGAGUGGGUAUCUCUGAGACUUUGCCUAGUAUACAGCCCCGUCUCCCCCUGAGCCACGGCGGGGGUUGAUCAUGAAUGUCUGAAGAGUGGCCUUUUCCCUUAGCCCUGCACCCCCUUUCUGUGGUUGAACAGGGAGACAGGGAUCAGGGCUUCCCUCUCACCCCCAGCCUCUGCAGAAAAUGACUACUGCACCUGGACAGCCUCUUUUCUAGAAGUCUAUUUAUAUUGUCAUUUUAUAACACUAGCCCCUGCCCUCACCUGGGGACAGAUGGUCCCUGUCCUGUGGGUUGACACCGGGGACAGAACCACUGCUUGAAGAAUCAGGUUCCUGUCCCCUUGGUGCAGCCCUCCCUUCCCCUCCCUCAACUUAGUUUUACAAUUAAAACAUUUUGUUUUGUG